AUGGCCAAGUCGAUCCUCCUCAUCAACGGUCCCAACCUCAACCUGCUGGGUACUCGUGAGCCCGCUACAUACGGUUCUACCACAUUACCUCAAGUCGUUGAAGCCGCAGAAAAGCAAUGCACUGAGAAGUUAAUCACGUUUGCGCACUUGCAGUCCAACCACGAAGGUGUGAUUCUGGAUCGUAUCCACGAAGCCCGUGGAAACGUUGACGCCAUCAUCAUCAACCCUGGAGCUUUCACACAUACCAGCGUCGCGAUAAGAGAUGCUCUUUUGGGUGUAGACAUCCCUUUCAUCGAAGUCCACAUCAGUAAUGUUCACGCACGGGAAUCUUUCCGUCACCGCAGCUACCUAAGCGACAAGGCUGUCGCAGUGGUCUGCGGGUUGGGGAUUUUCGGGUACGAGACUGCAAUCGAGUAUGCAUCUAGGCAUAUCAAGCCGAAGGGGAAGGUGUAG